GGGAGAGCUGCGCGAGCGGUCGGUGCAUGGGGCCCGGCCACAGGGGACUCGCCCGGCCCCUGGGUCGCCCGGAAGAGCCCUUCGGGAAGGGCUGGGCCAGGGACUCCGGAGCGGGGGCCGAAGGCGGCGGCGGGCGGGCGGUGGAAGCCCCCUCCCCGGGCCGGCCGGGCUCCGUUAACCCCCUCGCAGCCGGGGCGCAGGGGUACUGCCCGCCCGCCCUCACUCGCCGCGCCCGCUGGCGGCCCCGGAGACCCGAGCCCGGUUUCACUCGAGAAGAUGCGAGUGAGACCAAGGCGACGGAGUUCGCGUUUCUACCUCCCUCGCCCCCGCGAGGACGGGGAGCGUUUGCCUUAUUUUAGCGUCCGCCUCUGCCUCCCGCGGGCUCCGUGUUCACCCGGCACCGUUCCGCCGCCUUAGGAACCCGCUCUCCCCGGCGCGGUGCCGCGGCCGCUCCUCCAGAGACGCGGGGCCAGAGGAAACUUCCUUAAAGUGCUUUAUCGGGGUGGAGGCUGAUUUGUUCCCGAUAACUGUGUUUGGGGAAACGGCUGCGGAAGCUCAGGGACGAGCGGGAGACGCAGGAGUGGUGGGAGGGUCCACCGACCCGUGUCGGCAGCUAACCGCGGAAGGGAGAGCUGCCGCCCCGCCGCGGGGUCCCCAGUGCCGUUACCCCAGCCCUCACCGCUCCGUUUCCCUCACCCCGUAGUAUCAAGAAUUUCAAGCGCCCCCUCAUCUAUCUACCCCCACCAAUUCCUAAUAGGCUCUGUCCUCAAGGAGUAUUGACAGUCAUCAGUGUCUUAAAGGAAAUUACGAUAUUUGAGAACUGAAACACAUAUUUGGUAUUUCACUUUCAAAUACAAUUUUUAGAAAAAAAACACAUUUAAGUAAAACACCACCACUAUUGAAGUUUAGGUAGAUAGUUGUCUAAUUCACAGUAAGCAGGAGUUGUUUUUUUGAGAACUGCUGGCCUGGGACUCAGAACUUCUGGGUUCUGUUUCUAAUUUUAUAGAUUCUUGAACUUAAGCAAGUCAGCACUUCCCCUGGUUGAGGAAUGUCUUCAUCUAUAAAAUGAAUCUGAUUUCAAAGGUCUUGUCUAGCUCUCAUGUUGGCGUCUACUUCAAUGAAAUAUUAACCUAAUUAAUAAAUGUUUGUUAAAUGAACGACUGAAUGAAUAAACCAUAUCUCUCUAGGAACUAUGUAUAUUUAAUAUUUGGAAAUAUGUAGAAACAAAUGCCCCUUUGCUAUGAAAGGAAGCUUAAUUGUGCUCCCACUGCAUCACCCCACUCGCAUCUAAUGAUGCAAUUGCCAUGGAGGGUGGGAGACCAUCGCAGGGCUGCCCCCUCCCCCUCUGUGGACAGUCACUCUCCCGUUGCCCUUUGGCACAGGGAAGGGAAAUUCGAGGGCCCGGAAGGAAAGGUUGUUGCCCAAGGUGAAGCAAGAAUUACUGGAUGGGGAGGGUCUCAUGAUGUCUGGCCCAAGGCUCUUCUCCAAAGGAAAAGCAGGGGGAAAGAAGAACGCCCGUGACAAAUUGCGGAGGAGAAGGCCAGAGCCACAGGUUGCUUUAGUGCCUAAGUUUAUAAACCAUGAGAGCCCUUCUUGGGGAGGAAAGAACUUGUAUGGGUGGAACAAUCCUAGGACCUGAGCUUCCUAGGGAAGGAGGAGGGGAGAAGCAGGGCGCUUUCUGUUCUCCGAAGGCUCAGCUUGCCUAUGCGAUUGCCCCUCUGCCACACUUGGUGCAGCAAUGGGACCCUGUGUCGACUGCGGCAGGCGGGACCAAGAGGCGGGGAGAGCCAACUAAAGUGUCUGGCGGGACUGGCACAUCGCUUGGUCAUUUCCUCUUCCCAUUCUCUUUUCACCCCCUGCUUUUGCUGCCUCAUCUCCCCCAUGCCCACCAGAGGCAGCGCCUGGCCCUUUCGGGCACCAGCAGACAUUCCCAUCUUGCAAAUGGACUCCAACUGGGAGACUCCUGGGUCCAGGGGACCUUAAGAUAAUUAAGGAGAAAUGAGAUACCGAAGGCAAAAACCCAACACCUGGCCAUUAAUAAUCCCGGGGAAAGGUUAUCUGAAUCCGAUUAAAUGUCAGAGCUGGGAGGACCCUUAUAAGUCCACCCCUUUUGCCCAUGGGGGUGGGAAGAUCCAGAAACAAGUGACACCUGGCAACAGAGCUGGAUCCGAAGCCAGGUCUCCUGAGUCUCAGGCCAGGACUCCUUUCAUUCCUCCUCUUUCUCAGCAGCCAGUCUUCCUGCAUCUCCGCCUUCUGUUCCCUGGUUCCCUGACCCUGCAGCCUGGAGGGCUCAGCACCCUUUCCUGGGCUCCUACUCCCAGCUGAAGCUCAGCCUGGCAGUGCCUGUCUGACACCCACUUCUCUUCUCCUUCCUUCAGGCAAAAAGCACACGUUUAAACCUCAUUAUCUGGCUAAGUAUAAACCUCAGGGGGAGAAGGGUUUUGUUGUUGUUUAUCUCAGUCUAUAAGCUAACGUUGAGCUGGCUUUCAGAUUCCCGGCAAAUAUCUGGCCAGUCACCACCCAGAAAGUAAUUCUCUCAGCACUGAAACAAAGCUCUGUAUGUAAAGCAUAAAUCCCCCAAAAGAACUCCUCGCCCUCCCACAAAGACACACCGGUGCACACACACCCCACUCUCCACACCAAGAGCAUGUGAGCUAGGAGUUUGGCAGGCGGGCCCCAGUCCUGUAGCAAAGAGACACAUCUACACACACACACUACACACACACAUCCCUUACUCGGAAGGAUCUGGACCCCUGCUCGAGAAUCUGGAAUGAGACACCCCCGCGCGCGCACACACACACACACACACACACACACACUGGCCCGCUGGAAGAGCCAGGAGGGAGGGGCGGGUGGAAGAAACCACUCGGAGGAGCCAGAGGAGUCCCGGCGGUGCCCCUCCUGGAGAACCCCCUCUCCAGGAGCUCGCCAGCCACUCGCCGCCCGCCGGGCUGGAGGUGGAGUAGUUCAGAAGCAACUGACGCAGCCGGGAUUUGAGCUUUGCAAAGCCACUCGCAGGGAAGGGAAGCAUCUGCCCCUCCCUCCCCCACUGCGCGCCCUCGAUCCCCAGCCUGCCCCCUCCCCCCGUGACGUCACCCCAGCCCGGUCCCGCGGAACCUGCAAAGCCUCUCAAAUUCAAACUGCCGGGCGCACUGGUGCCCCUGCCGCCGGAUUGGAAGUGCGCGCCCAGUCUCGGUCGUCUCCGCCGCCCGCCGCCCCAGCCGGCAGGCUUCGCGACCUCCCUGCUCAGUCGAACCCCCGGGUCCCCGUGGGCUCAGCUUCCCGCCGCUCCAACCCUCCUCUUCUUCUCUUGCCGCCUGCCGGAUUCCUAAUCAGUGCGCACCCCCCAGCAAAAUUUAAUCCACCGACAGAAAGCAGGGCAUCCUUCCGUAAGCGGCGUCUCCUUUUACCUUGCUCUCCCUCUCUUUCCGAAGAUGCUAAACUACCAGCGGACUGCAGAGGAGAGGGGUCCCGUCUUCUCCUGAUGUUUAAAAAAAAAAAAAGUAAAGCAAUUUCUGCUGGGAGCCCAGGACGGGCUAGCCGCCCGAGAUCUCUUCAAGAUACCCCAGGGGAGGAGGAGGAGGAGAUGGGCUGGAUUUAGUAGGACAACUCGGUUACUAAUGACUCCGCGGCUGGCUGCGACCCGCCGGGAAAUCAGGUUUGCCUGUAGGUACCUGAGCUGACACCGACGGUGCCUAAAGAUGCUGAGCGGCGUUUGGUUCCUCAGUGUGUUAACCGUGGCCGGGAUCUUACAGACCGAGAGUCGCAAAACUGCCAAAGACAUUUGCAAGAUCCGCUGCCUGUGCGAAGAGAAGGAAAACGUACUGAAUAUUAACUGCGAAAACAAAGGAUUUACAACUGUCAGCCUGCUCCAGCCCCCCCAGUAUCGAAUCUAUCAGCUUUUCCUCAAUGGCAACCUCCUGACGAGACUGUACCCCAACGAGUUCGUCAAUUACUCCAACGCGGUUACUCUCCACCUGGGUAACAACGGGCUGCAGGAGAUCCGAACCGGGGCGUUCAGCGGCCUGAAAACCCUCAAGAGGCUGCACCUCAACAACAACAAGCUCGAAGUACUGAGGGAGGACACCUUCCUGGGCCUCGAGAGCCUCGAGUACCUCCAGGCCGACUACAAUUACAUCAGUGCCAUCGAGGCGGGGGCCUUCAGCAAACUGAACAAGCUCAAAGUGCUCAUCCUGAAUGACAACCUUCUGCUGUCUCUGCCCAGCAAUGUGUUCCGCUUCGUCCUGCUGACCCACUUAGACCUGCGAGGGAACCGGCUGAAAGUGAUGCCUUUUGCCGGCGUCCUCGAGCAUAUCGGAGGCAUCAUGGAGAUUCAGCUGGAGGAAAACCCGUGGAAUUGCACUUGUGACUUACUUCCUCUCAAGGCUUGGCUGGACACCAUAACUGUUUUUGUGGGGGAGAUUGUCUGUGAAACUCCCUUCAGAUUGCAUGGGAAAGAUGUGACCCAGCUGACCAGGCAAGACCUCUGUCCCAGAAAAAGUACCGGUGACUCCGGUCAGAGGGGCGGCCACGUUGACACACAUGUCCAAAGGCUGUCACCUACAAUGAAUCCGGCUCUCAACCCAACCAGGGCUGCAAAAGCGAGCCGGCCACCCAAAAUGAGAAAUCGCCCAACUCCCCGGGUCACAGUGUCGAAAGACAGGCAGAGCUUUGGACCCAUCAUGGUGUACCAGACCAAGUCCCCGGUGCCCCUCACCUGCCCCAGUAGCUGUGUCUGCACCUCUCAGAGUUCGGACAACGGUCUAAAUGUCAACUGCCAAGAAAGGAAGUUCACUAAUAUCUCCGACCUGCAGCCUAAACCUACCAGUCCAAAGAAACUCUACCUAACAGGGAACUAUCUUCAAACUGUCUAUAAGAACGACCUCUUAGAAUACAGUUCUUUGGAUCUAUUGCAUUUAGGAAACAAUAGGAUUGCAGUCAUUCAGGAAGGUGCCUUCACAAACCUGACCAGUUUACGCAGACUUUAUCUGAAUGGCAAUUACCUUGAAGUGCUAUAUCCGGCUAUGUUUGAUGGACUGCAGAGCUUGCAGUAUCUCUAUUUAGAGUAUAAUGUCAUUAAGGAAAUUAAGCCGCUGACCUUUGAUGCUUUGAUUAACCUACAGCUACUGUUUCUGAAUAACAACCUGCUGCGGUCCUUACCUGAUAAUAUAUUUGGGGGCACGGCCCUCACCAGGCUGAAUCUGAGAAACAACCACUUUUCUCACCUGCCUGUGAAAGGGGUUCUGGAUCAGCUUCCGGCUUUUAUCCAGAUAGAUCUGCAAGAGAACCCGUGGGACUGCACCUGUGACAUCAUGGGACUAAAGGACUGGACAGAGCAUGCCAACUCCCCUGUCAUCAUCAAUGAGGUGACCUGUGAAUCUCCCGCUAAGCACGCUGGGGAGAUCCUGAAGUUUCUGGGCAGGGAGGCUAUUUGUCCAGACGGUCCAAACUUGUCAGAUGGAACCAUUUUGUCAAUGAAUCACAACACAGACACACCUCGCUCACUUAGUGUGUCUCCCAGUUCCUAUCCUGAACUACACACUGAAGUUCCACUUUCUGUCUUAAUUUUAGGAUUGCUGGUUGUCUUUAUCUUAUCUGUCUGCUUUGGGGCUGGCCUAUUCGUCUUUGUCCUGAAACGCCGAAAGGGAGUGCCAAGUGUUCCCAGGAGUGCCAACAACUUAGAUGUAAGUUCCUUCCAGUUACAGUAUGGGUCUUAUAACACUGAGACUCAGGAUAAAGCAGACGGCCACGUCUAUAACUACAUCCCCCCACCUGUGGGUCAGAUGUGCCAAAACCCCAUCUACAUGCAGAAGGAAGGAGACCCAGUGGCCUAUUACCGAAACCUGCAAGAAUUCAGUUACAGCAACCUGGAGGAGAAGAAAGAAGAGCCAGCCACACUUGCUUACACUAUAAGUGCCACCGAGUUGCUAGAAAAGCAAGCCACCCCAAGAGAGCCCGAGCUGCUGUAUCAGAAUAUCGCUGAGCGCGUCAAGGAACUCCCCAGUGCAGGACUCGUCCACUAUAACUUUUGUACCUUACCUAAAAGGCAGUUCGCCCCUUCGUAUGAAUCUCGACGCCAAAACCAAGACAGAAUCAAUAAAACCGUUUUAUAUGGAACUCCCAGGAAAUGCUUUGUGGGGCAGUCAAAACCAGACCACCCUUUACUGCAAGCUAAGCCGCAAUCAGAACCAGACUACCUCGAAGUUCUGGAAAAACAAACUGCAAUCAGUCAGCUGUGAAGGGAAAUCAUUUACAACCCUCUGGCAUCAAAGGAUGCUGCUCCAAACUGUUGGAAGCACUGCAUUUGCUUUCGUGUGUGUUUGUGUUCUCCCUUUCCCAGCCUCAAUGGGGGACUUUGAAGAUGUUUGGGGGAUGGGGUGAAGCAAUGAUACUGCUUUUUCAAGUUUUCCUUUAAAUUAUUUCUCUCUUGCUCUCCUCCCUCCCCCACCUUUUUUUUCCUUCUCUCCUUAGGAAUCAUCAUUGAACAUGAAUGUUUCUACAGUGCAUUUUUUUUCAUAUAUUUUGUUUAUGGUUUUGUUUCCUUUUUCUUCUUUUAUUUUUCCAGUGUGGGAAUGGGAAGAGGAAUUAUAGUGAAUGAAGAAAGAGUAAGCAAACUUUUCAAAUGAAAAUGGAUAUUUAGUGUAUUUUGUAGAAGAUCUCCAAAGAUCUUUUGAGACUAUAAAUUCUUUUGUAAAUAAUGAUAUAUGGUAUUUCCGUCUUCAGUUACCAAGCAUAGUCACUAGGCAUCACUUCUUUGUGUUAAAGUGCCUUUGCACUUUAAGUACAUUACUUAAAUGUUGCUUUUAGCUUUGAUAAAUUGAACAUAUUUUAAUGUGUUGUAUUUUUAAAAUUAAAAACACUGUAAAAUAGAUUGAAAUGUCAGCUAUAUUAAGUCAACGUACAGUUUGCUUGAGUUAUAGAAACCGACAUGUCAUCAAAUGAUUCUAGUUCUAGGACUUUAUAGAUUUAACUGUAAAAUAUUUCCUUUCCUUUGGGUUUGUUCUAAGUGAUUUAAUUUAAGUCAACUAAGGGGACUUAACAGUGGACUAGAGGUAAUAAAAUGCCUCAGUUGGGAUUAGUAAUUCAUUAAUAAAAUAUAUUUAACCCAAUAUCAGAGUGAAUUGAACAAUUAAUGCCCUUCCGUAAAUCGUUAUUUUACACUAACAUGGUCAGUGUUUUAGAUUAUUUUCCUAAUUAAGAGUACAUUACACAACUUGUAAUAUAUUUUUUCUGCAUUAGAUAUUUUUAUAUAUUUAAAUGAGAGUCUGUAUUUCUAACUUUUUAAUUGAAAUUAGUAUUUUUUCUGCCUAUUGAAACAUUUUCUAUAAACACACACCAGUAGAGGCCGCCACACACCUCAUUUAAUAAAGACAUAUGAGCCAUUACAUACCUUGAAGGAAGACUUCAAAGGUGAGAUUAAGACUUCCCAAGUAAGUUCUUUGCAAAUUCAAGGCAGCAGAGACAAAUGUAUACGUUAGUUUCUGUUUCUUUUAGGAUUAAAGGUUAGACUCAGAAUCCUUCUCAACGUUCACAUUUUCAGAGAAAGCAGCGUUUUCUCCUUGAGCUUAUGGAAGCGUUAACAGGGUGCUAUCAAAUGAUGUACUCUUUGCAUCUCCAACCUGAUUAAUAAGUACCUAAACCAAGAAAGUAGGCAUCCUUUUUUUCCUGCCUUCUUUAGGCAAGGGUUACUUGAAUUUUUCCUUGUCAGCUUCAGCAAGCUUUUGGUUUUGGUCUUAGCAUUAAAAUGAUUUUAACUAACCAAGUCUACAUAGCAUUUAUGAAGCCUUAUUAGCCUGUAAAUAAUUUUUAGAUGCAAAUAUUAUUGUGUGAUUUAAACAAACAGCCCUUCUUUAGAAAAAAAUAGUUUUAUUUUGUCUAUUGUAAAUCCUUAUGCAACUGGAAUGGUGAUCUGCAUAUAAAGUAGUCCAGCUUUUCAAUUCCUUAUUAAAGCAAUUGAUGGCGUCUGAAAGAAGCACACUGUUUCCUUUUCAUAAAUAGGUUACUGCACAUAAUAAUCCUUUAUUAUCAUGUGGAAAUUGAAGUGGAUCCUGAUAACUUACUUUUAAAGCUUUAAAAUGACUAAUAGUUUAUUAUCUGUCACUAUAAACAAUUCAUGAGAUAGGCUUUCAAUUAGAAAUUACUUAAAUCCAAAUUAUUUGGAUUAAUAACUACUGGUGCAAAAUAGUUUUUAUUUAACAAUAGAUGGUAAUUGUAUAUAUAUAUAUAUAUAUAUAUAUAUAUGUAAAGUACAUUCAGGAAAAAAAAAUGCCUUUAAUACCCUAAAGUCUCCGAAUAUCUACAGUGACAAGCUAAAAUGUUCAUUCUUUGAUUAGAGAUCGUAAUUCUUAUUUAAAUCCAUUAGAUUGCAAUUGAAAAUGGUGGGCUGAAAUGAUCUACAGGAAAGUUAAUGUACAGAGACUUUACAUUUCAUAGAAGAGGAGCAAGAGUAUUUUACCAGUUGAACUUGGAGAUAGCUUCUGGAAACCACCUCCUCUUAUAUAUGUAAGAGUUUCAAAAAUUCUCUCGUGGCUGCUCUCAUUUGGUGCAAUGAUAAAUGCAGAAUACAGAGGUAGGUAUUUGGGGAAAUGAUUAUGAAGGCAAAUUAGUAUACAUAUUCUAUUAAGAUAGUUUUUUGGUUGACAUUCUAUCACUAGAACUACUGAUGUGGUGAUUCCACUUCAGUGUUCGUAUUCUCCUGAAAAUAAAGUCAUUCCUGUAAAACACCAUUAUCCAUAGAAAAACUAAUUCAUUAAUUGUAAGCAGAGAUAGCUUACUGUUCAUUUAGUUACCAGACUCUAAAGAGGCCUCCUGGAAGAACUCAGAUUCAUAAACUCUUUUGCUUAAUAACUAUGGUUUAAUUUUAGAUUCUCAUGCUUCUUAGAUAUUUACUUUAUUCUGUAUUAGGUUUUAAGAUGAAAUCGUUUGAAUGUGUCCAGACUAUUUCAUUUAAAGGCAUAAUACAUCAUAUACUGUGAAGCUUUGUUUUUUAAUGCAAUCACAAACACUUUAAUUUGAUUAACUUAUUAGCAUCCCCACUGACUAUGUUGUUUUGCUUUACCCACUGAAGUGCUUUCAAACAUAUAAGAGUUUUAUUUUUAUCUCCUACAGCUGGAUUUUGCUAUUUCACUUUUAUUUCACAUGCAGCUUGUAAUGGGUAUGAACAUCAGCACAGUGAAAUGGUUCCAGCCAACAGAAUACGAUUUCCCCUGGCCCUGCCUGGAACAGAUCUAUAUGUCUGGCAAAUGGUAAUUCACUUUGAUUUUAGCUCUUAAUUAGUUGCUUCCUCUGUUUCUGAAUAUACCUGUGUCUAAGUUUGUAUUGAAACACUCAAAAGCACCACUUCUCAGUCUGGACGCAAUUGCCAAAAGUCUAACUUGGUUUUGGACUUUGGUCAACCUGUGUGCCUUGUUACUUCCCUCCAGCAGUUGGUGAGUAAGGAAAUGACCCUUCAGUUUCCUCUGCUUUGUCCUCUGACCUCUAAGGUGGUUUAAUUUUUCUAAAUAUUUCCAUGUCAUCAAGGGCUCAAUGUUUUAUGGAUUUUACAGAAAGUGUAUAAUGAAAAAGAGGGAGGUUCUGUGAUUUUUCAGACUCUGGAAAUUCAUUUUGAUUGGAUGCAUUCCAGAAACAUACUAGAUUAGAUGCUAGACUGAAGGAAGCCUUCCAGACAGUUCUCCUAAUCCAGUCAUUUCUUCAUUCAUUCAAUAAGUAUUUGAGUGCUUGCUUCCUAGGUGCCAGGCUCUGUGCUGUGUGCUGAGGGGGCACAGAGAUACAGUAGACAGGCUCUCUGCCCACCUCCUCACCCCCCCACCCCACAGAGAGCUUAGUGCUAAUAAAGGAGAAUGUUAUCUGAAUGACAAUCACCCGGAGUAAACAGUGGGAACAGCAGUGAAAUGCAGGAAGUUGGGUUUUUAAAGGUGAUUCUGUGCAAUGAAGUAUAAAACUGAUAUAUCAUAGGUUAGCUACUGUGUAACCACCAUUAACAUCUCUUUAGAGUUACACAGCUACAAAGGGAGAAAACCCACAAAAAUAAAAUAAAACAACUUUCUGCAGAAGAGGGACCAAUAUUAUGGCCUGAAGAUAGCUAUAUACUUGUGCUAUCUAACGAUCUACAUUGUAAAGAUGACUUCCCAAAUUGUAAAUACAAAAAUCACAAAUAUACUUACAUUUUCUGGAAUAUCCAUGUUUUAAAGGCAAUAUUUACUUUCUAUUUCAGUGGCUUAAAAUAUAACAUUUUGGCUUAAUUGUCUUUUACAGAGACAAUAAGACACUUACCUAAAUCCUGAGAGAGAAAAAUUAAGUACUGUAUAUAGGUGUACUUUGCUUCUCACAAUGGUUGUGCAAAAAGUCACGUGUAAAUUGAAGUUUUGUAAGUUAAAUUGUAUUUUAAAUGCAUUAGGAGAGCUGCCAGUUAGAGGAAACUUGUGAAUCCUUUUAUAAAGCAGAAAACCAUUUUAUAAGACAAAUAAUCACUCUGUAAUUUAUCUGUUUUGUAUGUUUGGAGUUUCAAUAUCGACUUUGCUUAAAACGGAGCCCACCUGCCUAAUCAGAGUGUGUUUUGCCAAUGCUGCUUGUGCUGCCAGUUUCUCGGUUGCUAAGGGCUUAUACUUGAAAAUCCGCGGCAGUUUCGUGUGACUUGAGCUAUGGGGCGAUUUUAUGAUGGCGCAGUAACAUUCCUGAGCAGUCUGAGUAGCCAACCCAUUUCAACUCCAUUGAACACAGGACUCUUCUGCUCAGCAGCGUCUCCUCUGUCAGACGUGGCCAUGAUUCGUUAGAGGGUAGAGUGACUCCUGUAUUCAGAUCCUAUAAAGCGCUUAGAGUCACAGGUUUUAUAAUAAAUAUAUGGUAUUAUGUAAACAAAUUAAACUGCAUGUGUGUUGGAAUUUUUUAGCAGUAUUUUAGCUUGAAAGUACUUGUACAAAUACCGUUAGAUUUAGUUGCAAAUAAUUGUUCUCAAGUUAUUGGAAUAAAUGGCAAAUGAAACGAGCUCUCGUGUAAAUAGACUUCUGUGCCAAAUAGUGACAUUGUUUCAAAACAUGAAUGCCAUAUUUUGGGCUGUUAAUAGGCAAAAUGAAAUAUUGAAAAUGUGGUCAAAUGAUAUUAUGUCUUAUUGGAUAAACUUUAU